AUGUGGAAAUAUGUUUCCCGUCGUAUACGCGAUGUGUACGACAAGACUGCCCAUGUACUAGAGGUACCGCGCACCUGGAACUGUGGUGCGAGUGAACGGUUCGCCGGAGAAUCAGCACCGGAUGAUGGACGCUGUGGCCGUAAGCAGCAUGAAGCGAACGGUAGACGCUACUGCUUGCUACAUGUUGCCCGCCCGAAUCAGCUUGGUGAGCGGAAGAAUCAGCAGUACGGUACCGGUUCGAACCAGUCGGAUCAAGAAGGCGCCAGGCGGAAGGAAUACCACCAAACACCGAUUGAACACUCGUGGCUGGGUGCAAUAACAUGGACCAGUGCCAUUAUCUGUGGAUGGUACACCACCCAGCUGCUCUGCCUUCAUCGUCGCACAGGGCGAUAUAAUCAUCCAGCUUUUGGCAAGGGCAUAACUUCCCAGUUGCUGUUUGCUGCCUCGGAGCAUCGUAGACUUUCGGCCCGCCAUUGUGAGCUGAUAGCGCAGCACUUUGGCUUAAGAUCUGCUGCUAGACUUGCGGCUCCGUUUCCGAAAUCUUCCAUCACCGAUCAAGAUUGGUCAGUUGGGAAGGAGCAGCAAAGAAGCUCCCUAGUGCAAACGUUCGCACCGUUCAUCCCUUAUGAUGGGCACGAUUUUGUGGAUUACACCGACAGAAAUCGUUCCGAGCUGCAGCGUUUCGUUUUUCAAAUUAACAACGAAACGAAACCUACUGCCAAUGUUCCGAGCAGAGAUGAGUUCGUUUCGCUGAACACCAAUGUUCCCGUCUCGAAAGUACAAUCGCAGGACAAUGCACCAGCGGAAACCAUCGAUGGUGCGUUUAAGAACUUACUCUCCGUCCUGGGUGAGAUCGAGUAUCAGCUGGGGUGUCGUAAUCUGGAGCUGGGGGAAUUUGAUUCUGCCGUUUCCCAUCUGAAGUUGGGCACCAGCCAUCAUCAUGCUGGUGCUGCUUUUAACCUUGGUAUUUGCUAUGAGCAAGGUUACGGUAUGCCGAAAGAUAUGCGUAUGGCCUUUGAAUGCUAUCAACAAGCGGCCGAGCAGGGUCACCCGCAAGCAAUGUAUAACGUGGGAGUUUUUCAUGCCCGCGGCUACGCCGGAUUGCAUCCAAGUCGUUCGAUGGCGAAAAAGUAUUUCCUUGCAGCCGCUGAGCUUGGGCUGGAAGAAGCCAUCGCUACCCUUGGGCCAAAAUACCAACAUAGCCGGAAGCAAUCGCUAGUGGACAAUGAAGUACAUAACGGAGGACACAUGCAGCCGUCGUUCCACUUUGCACUAGAGAACGUUGAUCAGUUCCAUGGUGCUAAAACCCACAACGCGCAACCAACUGUACAGCUGCAUCUUGUAGAACAUAGAUUAUAG